GGCAAGGAGGCAGGGGUGCGUGUGGAGCCCAGGAACCAGCCCAGCUGGGAGAAGAUAAAAACGCCAUUGGUGGCCCAGCAGCUCCCGCGCUGCCUCCUGCUCUCAGCCUGCUCUCGGCCACUCUGCCAGCCAUGAGAUCCUCCCUGUCUCGGCAAACCUACUCAACCAAAGGAGGCUUCAGCUCCAACUCAGCCAGUGGAGGGGGCGGGUGUAGAACCCGCACCAGCUUCAGCUCGGUGACAAUGUCCCGGAGCAGUGGCGGUGGUGGUGGGGCUCGCUGUGGCCCCAGCACCAGUGGCUUUGGCAGCCGGAGCCUCUAUAACUUGGGAGGCAGCAAGAGCAUCUCUGUCAGUGUGGCCCGAGGGGCCUCCUCGGGCCGGGCUCUGGGGGGCUUCGGCUUUGGCAGUGGGGCCUACAUGGGCCUGGGGGCUGGCAGGCAGACCUUCGGGCCUGCUUGUCCUCCAGGGGGGAUCCAGGAGGUCACUGUCAACCAGAGCCUGCUGACCCCCCUCAAUGUGGAGAUAGACCCAGAGAUCCAGCGGGUGCGCACCCAGGAGCGCGAGCAGAUCAAGACCCUCAACAACAAGUUCGCCUCCUUCAUCGACAAGGUACGUUUCCUGGAGCAGCAGAAUAAAGUGCUGGAGACCAAGUGGGCUUUGCUGCAGGAGCAAAGCCAGAACAUGGGUGUCACCAGAAACAACCUGGAGCCCAUCUUUGAGGCCUACCUGAGCAGCCUGCGGAGGCAGCUGGAUAGCAAGCAGGACGAGCGGGGGAGAUUGGACUUGGAGCUGAGGAACGUGCAAGAUCUCCUGGAGGACUUCAAGAACAAGUACGAGGAUGAAAUCAACAAGCGCACUGCUUUGGAGAAUGAGUUUGUGGUGCUCAAGAAGGAUGUGGAUGCUUCGUAUAUGGGCCGAAUGGAUCUGCAUGGCAAAGUGGACUCCUUGAACCAGGAGAUUGACUUCCUCCAGGCUCUCUACGAAAUGGAGCUGAGCCAAGUGCAGACCCACGUGUCUGACACCAAUGUCGUCCUGUCCAUGGACAACAACCGCAGCCUGGACCUGGACAGCAUCAUUGCCGAGGUCAAGGCCCAGUAUGAGCUGAUUGCCCAGAGGAGCCGGGCGGAGGCCGAGGCCUGGUACCAGACCAAGUACGAGGAGCUGCAGGUGACGGCGGGGAAGCAUGGGGACAACCUGCGGGACACCAAGAACGAGAUUGCGGAGCUUACCCGCACUAUCCAGAGGCUGCAGAGUGAGGUGGAUGCGGCCAAGAAGCAGUGUCAGCAGCUGCAGGCGGCCAUCGCCGAAGCGGAGCAGCGUGGGGAGAUGGCGCUCAAGGAUGCUAAGAAGAAGCUCGGGGAUCUGGACACGGCCCUGCACCAGGCUAAGGAGGACCUGGCCCGGCUGCUGCGUGACUACCAGGCCCUCAUGAACGUCAAACUGGCCCUGGAUGUGGAGAUUGCCACCUACCGCAAGCUGUUGGAGAGCGAGGAGAGCAGGAUGUCUGGAGAAUGUCCCAGCGCUGUCAGCAUUUCUGUGACUGGCAACUCCACCACCAUGGUUGGAGGCAGUGCGGCUGGCUUUGGGGGUGGCGUCUCCCUAGGUGGGAGCGGGGCUGGCUUCAAGGCUGGAUUCAGCACGAACGUGGGCUACGGCAAUGUCAAAGGCGGGGCCGGCUCCGGGGGCACCUCCAUCCUGCGGAAGACCACCACGGUCAAGACGUCCAGCAGGAGGUACUAGCCGCUGAGACAGGCAUGCCGGGGGCCCUGCAGUCCUCUCGCUGCCCCAUCCCCAUCCCUGCUAUCCUCUCCAACCUUCUCAGGAACAGCCCUGGGGACCACAGACCCAGUGUAUUUUCACACCACACUAUUUGGGUACGCUUUGUAUUGGGGGAAGGGCUCAAAUCUAUCCAGUUUUUCUCCUGGGAGGUGCUGUGGGUUGGGAGGUUAAGGUCCUCAUCUUGAGCAGCAUGGUCGAGUGAUCUGAUGGUGACCACUGAGAGGAGACUGGGUGUCCCAGGCCACCUCUGUCUUGCUCACCACCUCUGCCUUUCUGCUGGGAAUCCAGGGCCGGCGGGGGAGGAAGGGGGAAGUGAAGAGUGAUUCCCCCAAAUCCUCCAACCUCCCCAGUCACCCACCCCCUCCUCCACCGCGUACCCGGUCUGUGCCUGUGAUAUGUCUCAAUAAA